CACAUUUGACCCCAUAAAAAGAUCCCAAUUUCCGACACCAGCAUCCCCCUCCGUUCUCCCCUGCGCUGCCGCCCCCGAAUUCUCUUCCAGAGCUUCCCUACCUGCUACCGCCGCCUCCUCCUCCUCCUUUCCUCUCUGGAGGAAUCUUAGAUGGAAAGACCUGCGGAGGAAAUCGUAUCAGCGUCGUUGAAGAAGCUUGCUUUGAUUUCCACCUCCUUGAAUCCCAAUUCUUCUCGUUCCAUUCCAACCCUUCAACCUUCCACCGAAUUCAGAAGUUUCGUUUUUUCCAGUUUUGUAAUCUUAGUUCCAUGCUGAUCCCUCAAAUGAUUGCCUUCGUAGGAUUUCGUAGACAGAAGGGAAGGCCUCCAAGCUUAGCGAGCUUGUGUCUGGGAGUUCUGGGCAGCCAUCUGGAUGAUGUAAUUGGAGAGUUGAGUGAGAUAUCUGUCGGCGUUCCCGCUCAUAUUAAGCUUGCAAUUGUAGCGAUUGCCCGGCGACGGAAAUUGUUGAAUGAUGAUGUGAUCGUUUCAUUAGCCGACAGUUCCUGGGAAAUUCUUGACAUUUCAGGGUCAGAUGUUACUGAUGUCGGUUUGGCUGAAGUUUCGAUAAUAUGCAGCCAAAUCACGGCUGUGGAUAUAAGCCGAUGCAGUCAGAUUACCCGUGCUGGUGUGGCUGAACUCGUACAGCACUGCAAGUCGUUGCAGACAUUGAGAUGCGGAGGAUGCCCAAGGAGCAAUUACACUGCACGUCGUAGCUUGGGUGUAUUGAAGCCAAAACUGAUUGAUCUGGAAGGAGAUUCUUGGGAGGAACUUGAUGCUGCAGAAAUUGCUCAUGGUGCUGAAUCCCUUCGGUGGCUUAUUUGGCCAAUGAUUGAUAAAAAUUCGCAAGAAACUCUAGCUGCUGAAUGCCCACGCAUCAUAGUCAAUCCCAAGCCAUCACCUUUGGGUUUCCAUGGACUCGAGGUCCCCCUUGAAGCAUAUGCAGACAUUCCAUUGGACAAUUCAGUUGUGAAGGAUAUUAAUCCGACCACUUGGGCUGUAGGUGGUUUUGUGCCGAGAUCUGUGUCACCAAGCGUUUCAGAGAACACCGAGAUUGAGCUGUCGAUGGCCGAAAGAUUCAGACUUGCAUUUGUCGAAAGAGACACAAGGUUGGCCCCCAAGCGAGCAAAGAAUGCCAGGCAGCAUCAGCGUCGUGCUGAGCGGGAGAUGUUGAUGAGUAGCACGAACGCCAAGGCUAUAGCUCUUGCCUCCAGAGCUACCAAAUCAUUGCAUGGUAAAACCUAAAAGCAAAACAGCUGCGACACAAACGUAGCAUCAGAUUGUUGUAUUUUUGGCUUGGAAGUUCUGUAACUGGCGUAUAUAGUUCUGUAAUAUAUCAAAAUUGAGCUGAGAAGCGUUUGCUUUCGGCAGUCAGCAUGUGAAUUGAGAAGAUAUGCAUCAAGCGUUUUAUAUGGUCACCUUGAAAAUUUCCAGCAAAUUGAGUGUACUUCUAGCUUUUUCUUUCAUGAGCUAAUUGCUUUGCAAGAUGAAAUGGUUCAUCUGCCAGCAAUUGAUGAUACUAUGCUUACAGG